AUGCAGACAAGGAGUGCUAGGGUGCGAAAGUCGAGGUCACCGCGAGAAAUGAUCGAAAAGGAUGACGAUUUUCUUGAUAGACAAGCGCAACCGCGGACACGGACGCUACCGUUCGCAGCAUUGCUGACGCGCUUCAGGAGGCGGCGGCUGGGACACGCGUCCGCUUUGCGAAGGCUCACGCUGAACCUGCUCGUCCUUUUGGGGCUAUGGACGGCUCUGCGGCAGAUGGUGUGCCUGGUAACACCUGUUAUGAACUGGCUGGGUCAGCGCUCGGCUUGUUUGUCUGCCCGCGAGCGGCACUGGCUCGGGCUCGACGGCGAGUCGCUAGACCCGCUCAGCCCGUACGUUGUGGCGCCCAGCGCGCGCUCUCUCUAUCACGCUUCCUGUAGCGACGAUGUCAUUGUAGUCGUGCGCACCUCUAAGAAAACCUAUCCGAAACGAGCCCCGACGAUUAUCCGCACGUGGUUGCGCGACUUUCCUCGCGAGCGGGUAUUCUUCGUCUCUCCCGACGCUCUACCAGACUAUGGCGCGCAAGUCCUGGUACUCGAUGUCCUGAGAACCGAUAUUUACUAUGGGCACACGUAUAGUCCGGAUGCCGUCGGGACGCCGGUUUUUCUAAGACUGAUGAAAAAGUUUGGAGCGAACUACGUAUUGAUCGUCGACGAUGAUACAUAUGUUUUUGGGGAGAACUUUUGCAAGACGCUGCAUGAGUUGGAGUCGAGUCGGCGUUCUGAAUUUUUGUAUUCCGGGUUUAGUUUCUGUAUGGAUGCACCAUAUGGUGCCUAUAUGAACAAACGCUGCAUCACACCGCCCGAGGCGAAGCGACCUCUGCCAACGCAUCGACCGUGCACCGUGGGUUUCGCCUACGGCGGUGGCGGCGUUGUCAUGAAUGAAGCGCUCGUUCGCGCACUUGCUUCAGUGGCGGACGAGUGCUGGAAUGAGACCUACUGCAUCCGCGGUGGAUCGUUGCGGACCUGGUGGUGUAUGUAUUAUCAUCCGGAAAUUUUCAAGGGCAAGGAGCAGCACAUGGAUAUGCAUUGGUCCUUCAUGCCGAAUCGACCGUCAUACUAUUUACAAACCAUGGGCGCGCGAGGCCUGGUCCAGGGUGUGCCUUUCAACUCGAGCUUCAGGCCAGCGAGUUUCCAUCAUGUCGAAGGCGCCGAGGCGUACUGGUUGUACUCAUUGCGACUGGCUCCGGAUCCGCGUCAGCUGAAUGUGCCGUCAGAUUGGCGCGGCCAGGUCACGAUGGCGCACAUAUUUGGACAUCCGCCUCCAUGGGCUGGUGACUGUGAAGGUAGCUUCUUUCGAAAAGCCCAAAAAGAGGCCGAGGAGCGAAUGGAACGCUUUCGAGGUAAGCUCAAACAAGUUCAUCAGGAGGCGCGUCCACACCCCUGA